AUGCGACAGAGUCUUGCGGCAAGCCAUUUCACUGUGGUGGCCGAAUCGGAAUUUUGGAUCGGCUACUGGGGACGGCAUUUGAAGUCAGCCCAGUACCGAACAGUUAAGCCCUAUCAGAAGGUAAAUCAUUAUCCAGGUGCUUUUCACAUGGGCCGAAAAGAUCGAUUAUGGCAGCAUAUUAAUGAAAUGGCAGUUUUGUGGGGCGCUGAUGCGUAUCAUCUAAUGCCCACAACAUACGUGCUGCCACGAGAUGUGAAAAAAUUGAAGGUUUAUUUGAAUGGCACACCACCACGUAAUGUAAUUCUGAAACCGGUUCGUCUUCUCACAGCUUAUUUUGAUCUAUUUUUUUAA